AUGGCAUCUCUCCCACUUGGAAAUUCUCCAAGUUGUAGUUUAGCAUGUGAAAGAAGACCAAUUUCCCUUCUGGGUAUUUCGGCUCUGCCAUUGAUGCGCUUAAAGGCCAGAGCUUUUCAUGGUUUGGUGAGAGGUGGAGUUAUGAUUCACAGCUUAUAUAGAAAGGAGACAUCCCUUUUUAGCCGUGAAGGAUCCAAUAGCAUCAACCGCAUUAUGCGAAAAAGGGUGCUCUUGACCAUCCCCAGGAAUAGCAGUUCGUCGGACUCUAAUGGCGGUGAGGAUGACUCCUCUGAUCAGGCCAAGAAAAAACCGUUCGGAUACUCAAGGAAGGAUGUUUUAUUGAUUGGACUUGGAGUAACUGCCAUAGGGAUCGGCUUGAAAAGUGGAUUAGAUUUUGCUGGAGUUGAUCCUUUACAAGCAGGGAACGUCGUUCAGCUGGUGCUGGUGUUGGGCCUGACAAUUGGAUGGAUUUCCACGUAUAUUUUUCGAGUUUCCAAUAAAGAAAUGACAUACGCACAGCAAAUACGCGACUAUGAAAGCAAAGUCAUGGAGAAUCACCUUAGUACCAAAUCAGGCCGUAGUAAAGGGGUCAUAAACAGAAAAACUUAUGUAAGGGGGUCUGAACUGGACAAAUCUGUUUUAUAA